CCACACUGGAGGACACCUUUCACCAUGUCUAUGAUAACAGCUACGACUUGGGUGCCUCGUGGAUUUGCGGCGCCCUUUCCGAACAAAUAUGUAUUCGACGAAGAAGAAUACGAGCGCAUAGCAAAGCUUGCCGAACUGCAGAUAGAAGACGCAAAAGAGGACCUCGAAGAAGCCCAAAAAGCUGGGAACGAGGCCACGGAAAAAGAUGACACAAGUUCUAAGCCCUCAAAGUCUUCAGGUGCAAAGAAAGAACCUAAGUCGCACGAGGAGGCAGAUGACGACCUCAAGGAGUACGACCUCGAGCACUACGACGAUGAUGACCACAAGGAUCAAGAAGACGGCAUGGACACAAUGGCUAUGUUUGGCAAUGCCGGAAAUCUCAAAUCCUUGGUGUACCACGAAUCAAAUGAGGAAGACCCAUACAUCACAAUGCCAGGCCAAGAUGAUGAUGAAGAUGACGACCGAGAAGACUUACAAAUCCUUGCGACGGAUAACCUGGUUCUAGCCGCGAGGAUAGAAGAUGAGGUGGCUCAUCUGGAGGUCUACGUGUAUGAGGACGAGGCAGAUAAUCUAUACGUUCACCACGACAUAAUGCUCCCAGCAAUCCCGCUAGCUGUAGAAUGGGUGAAUAUACCAGUCGGCAAGCCGGAUGGCAGCAAAAAUGGUCAGGGCAAUACCGUUGCUAUCGGCACCAUGGAUCCAGACAUCGAGCUAUGGGAUCUUGACACAGUCGAUUGCAUGUACCCCAAUGCUGUUCUUGGACAAGGCGCUCAGGACGGGAACAAGGCUGACAACCCAAAAAAGAAGCGGAAGAAGAAGUCGAAGAAGGUGAACGAUGACUACCACGUAGACGCUGUGCUGUCACUAGCUGCAAACCGACACCAUCGCAAUCUGCUAGCUUCAGCGUCAGCAGAUAAGACGGUGAAGCUGUGGGAUCUCAACACUGCGAAGUGCGCAAAGUCAUACUCAUAUCACACUGACAAGGUCUGCUCGUUAGCAUGGCAUCCGAAAGAGUCUACGGUCCUACUGAGUGGCAGUUACGACAGGACGGUAGUGGCAGCGGAUAUGCGAGCUCCAGACGCAAAAGCACCACGAUGGGGGGUCGAAAGCGAUGUUGAGACCGUGAGGUGGGAUCCGCAUGAUCCGAACUUCUUCUAUGUUUCCACUGAAAACGGCGUUAUACACUACCACGACGCCCGGCUAGCUCCAACACAGCCAUCUAAAAGCAAACCAAUCUGGACAUUGCAGGCACACGACGAAUCAAUAUCAUCAUUUGAUAUCAACCCGAUCAUACCGGGUUUCUUGGCUACUGGAUCAACCGACAAGACAGUCAAGCUAUGGAAUAUUCAAGCCAGUGGACCAUCUAUGGUGGUUUCACGCAACUUGGACGUUGGUAAAGUCUUCUCGACGACUUUUGGACCCGACAAGGAGGUAGGUUUCAGGCUUGCUGUGGCUGGAAGUAAAGGCUCAGUGCAAAUUUGGGACACUUCGACCAACGCGGCUGUCCGUGCUGCAUUCGCGACAAAAAUCGCUCCGGCAAACGGAGAAGUGAAGGAGCGGCUGGUUGGACUUCAGGAAGAGGAUACUGAUUCGGAUUCGGAAGAGGGUGAAGACGAAGAAGAGGCUAGUGGGGAGGAAGCAGGAGCAGAGGGAUGGGAGUCAAUGGAAGAAUAAGUUCGUCGAGACUCGCAAGCUCGUUGUCAAAGAGCAGGCGUUGUCUUUCAGUCGACUAGGUCUCACUUCUUUGUAUCAGUAGGCUACAAUACCCUCGCCGUUGCGAAUAGCGACCAAAAUUAAAGCAGAACAUCGAGCCGCAUGCUGAACCUCAU